GGACAGCGCGCAGGGCGGGGCGGGGACGACGCGGCAGGAGCGGGAGGGCGUCGCGCAGCUGGUUUGGCCGAGAGCCCGCGGUCAGAGCUGAGAAACUGCUUGGCCAAGCCAGGGCCAGCCGCCCCUGCGCCCGCCCUGCCAACAGGUAUUCAAAGCUAAUCAGAGAGCGAAAGAAGCAGGCGAGGGAGUCAGGAAUUAUCUUUUUAAAAAAGUCGUUAGCAAAGUUGUCUAGGUCCUUGCGCUCUGGUGCCUGGUCUUCGUGGUCAAUACCAUGGACAGCGCCCGCGCACCGACUCGGACGCGCCUGGACGCCGCUGGCUUCUGGCAGGUCUGGCAGCUCUUUGACGCCGAUGAAAAGGGUUACAUAGACCAGAAGGAGCUUGAUGCUUUCUUUCGCCACAUGUUUAUGAAAUUGGGUACUGAUGAUGCAGUCAUGGAAGAAAAUGUGCAGAAGGUGAAACAGCAAUUUAUGACUAACCAACAUGUCUCUAAAGAUGGUCACAUACAGAUGAAAGAGCUUGCCGGUAUGUUCUUGUCUGAGGAUGAAAACUUUCUUCUGCUCUUUCGCCGGGAAACUCCCUUGGACAGCAGUGUGGAGUUUAUGCAGAUUUGGCGCAAAUAUGAUGCUGACAGUAGUGGCUUUAUAUCAGCUGCUGAACUUUGUAACUUCCUCCGAGACCUUUUCCUCCACCACAAAAAGGCCAUUUCAGAGGCCAAACUGGAAGAAUACACUGGCACCAUGAUGAAGAUCUUUGAUAAAAAUAAAGAUGGACGGUUGGAUCUUAAUGACUUGGCAAGGAUUUUGGCUCUUCAGGAAAACUUCCUUCUCCAAUUUAAAAUGGAUGCUUGUUCUACUGAAGAAAGGAAGAGGGACUUUGAGAAAAUCUUUGCCCACUAUGAUGUUAGUAAAACGGGAGCCCUAGAAGGCCCAGAAGUGGAUGGGUUUGUCAAAGACAUGAUGGAGCUUGUCCAGCCUAGCAUCAGUGGUGUGGACCUUGACAAGUUCCGGGAGAUCCUCUUGCGUCACUGCGAUGUGAACAAGGAUGGAAAAAUUCAGAAGUCUGAGCUGGCUUUGUGUCUUGGGCUGAAAAUCAGCCCAUAGCCCCCAGUCUGCUUCGCCCUUUGCUCUUACCGUGUUGUGCUCUUCCUGCUAGGAUUGCAUCUGUGCAUUGAUGCUGGGGACACCGUGGGCCAACUUUCUCACAAUUGGUGUGGUGUGCUUGGGCAAGGGGAGGGAAGCUAGGGCCUCUCUUCUACCAGCAUGUAUGCCCCUGCCUCGCUGAAGCCCCCCCAUGCAGUGUCUGUGUUGCUCUCCCCUUGACCCUGAGCUUUCCUGUCGCCCAGACUCAGCUACCCUGUUAGAUCGGCUCUGUUUUUCCUUCCCAGUCACUGGGGCCGGUGGCAGCUGAGUCCAUCCAACCUGUGCUCUUGUUGUUCGCUUUCUGCUAAGUUGGAAUGGUGUGUGGCAUUCAUGGCAAUUCUGUACCUUCUACAAAUAGAGUUUUGUGUGGAAAUAAAAGUGCAGUUGGAAACAAA